UCCAGGCAGCCGAGGAGGAGAGGCGCGCCGCUGCGGAGUUCUGCCAGGCGUCCGGCACCAUGUUCCAGGGCCCUGAGGCUGACUCGGCCAAGCCCAGCUCCAGGGUGCUGAAGCCCCCGGGAGGAGGUUCCAGUAACCUCUUUGGGAGCGUGGAAGAAGUUUCUUCUUCAAGCAGGCCCCACCGGAUGGCAUCCAGUAUCUUUGGGGCAUCAGAAGAACCCCAAAACAUUCCAAAAAGAACAAACCCCCCAGGGGGAAAAGAAAGUGGUAUUUUUGAGGAUUCUGGUUCUGCUCAGCCUCGUCCACGCAUGAAUCCACCUGGUGGGAAGACGAGUGAUAUCUUUGGGUCUCCGGUGUCUGCCAGUGUUGUGCGAGCGCACCCAAACAAGCCCAAGGAUCACAUUGUCUUGAAAGAAGAUGACACGCCAAAGAAGCUGGAAGCUACAGAAAAUAUCAAACCACAGCUGGAAGAUGGAGGCGAGAAGAAAGAUCUGGGCAAAGAGGUGCAGUGCAAGGAGCCAGAACCCAAGAUAGACAAUCAUGAGCCCCGCUUAGGGCCAAGGCCACGCUCACACAACAAAGUCCUCAACCCGCCGGGGGGCAAGUCCAGUAUCGCCUUCUACUAGGGCCAUCUGUUCACUAAUGGAGUCCACACAGAAACUCUGGGCUGUGGGUGUGAGGUCAGUUGGUAGACUAUUGUUUGUGGGUAGAUCUGUAGGCAGAGGGAUGAGGGUUAUGCUAAAGGGUGUAGGAAGGAUAACCUGGGGAGGGAGGGCUGGGGAGGGAGAGGGUGCCCUGUGGAAGAUGUGAGUAUUGGCCUGCCUGGGUGGGAGUCAGAGGGGGACAUUAGUGUUACUUUGUGAAAGAUCAGUGUGGCUUUGCCAUGAGUUCAUCAGACCCUGAGCUUCUUUGUUAGCUGGUGGCAGAGGAUGCAUAAACCUUGUGAACGGGUAGGGUCCUGGAGGUGACGUAUGAAAGAUUGUGGAGCACGCAGAGCAAGUGGCUGUGUGUUCCUUUAGCAACAGGGUGCAGCUUCACCGCGUGAGCUGACCUGCAGUCACUCCAACGUCAGUUAAGUUCCACUGGAACAAGUAGUGCUACUGUGCUUUGGAGUGUCCACCCUGCUUCUUUCUCCUUCAUGCUUUGCAGCAUGUGCUUGCUGAUUACCAAGGACAGAACUUUCUUUCAGACUCAUGAACCACCAUAUGUUAGUGAAUAUCAUGGACUCCCCUUAACCAGAGUACCCCAGGCUGUUCUGCUGCCUUCAGUAACCUGCUGAUGGCUACGACUAGCUCUUGACAAGCCAUAGUGUCAGUCCAACGUGCUGUCUCACAUAGCU